GUGGAGUCGGACGAAAUUCUGAGUUUGUAAUAAUCAAAUGGGCACAGAAAAUGGUGAUAAAUGGAGCAAAACAGCUGUUGUUGUCAUAGAUAUGCAGAAAGAUUUUAUACUACCAGGUGCUCCUAUGCUUGUUAGAGAUGGUGAAGCUAUUGUCCCAAACGUUAUCAAGACCGUUGAGGUUGCACGAAACCGUGGAAUCCCCAUUAUUUGGGUUGUCCGCGAGCAUGACCCAUUAGGAAGAGAUGUUGAAUUGUUUCGUAGGCAUUUGUACGGUGAUGGGAAACCAAAACCCACAUCAAAGGGGUGUGUGGGAGCAGAACUGGUUGAUGGGCUUCUUAUUCAGGAAGGUGAUUACAAAUUGGUGAAAACACGUUUCAGUGCAUUCUUUAACACGAAUCUUCAUUCGUAUCUUCAGGGCAUUGGCGUUACCAACUUGGUCGUUAUUGGUGUUCAAACUCCAAAUUGCAUACGGCAGACUGUCUUUGAUGCUGUAGCAUUGGACUAUCAACGUGUGACGGUCAUUAUAGAUGCCACAGCUGCUGCUACUCCUGAUAUACACAUUGCGAACAUAUUUGAUAUGAAAAAUGUGGGCGUGGCGACUCCUACAUUAGAAGAAUGGUGCCAGUCUUAAGGAGCAAUAGAAGUAGCUAAAUCAGGUGCAAAGAUAUCUUUCACAUGUUUGUUUUAUUGUUGUAAGCUUAUACAUAUGUAAUAGAAAUAAUAUGCAACAUGUUCAGACAUGAUCUCUAUAAUCAUCUGUUGGAUUCAAUCUGUUUUAUUAUUUUCCUUUGUACAUAGGCUGUAUGUUCCUCUACUCUUACCCUCCUCAUGUCUCAAAUUUUUCAUUUGCCUAUGUAGAAAUUUUAUUGUAUUUAAAUUAAAGUGAGUUUAACAAUUGAGAUAUAGCUAUUUUCUU